AUGGUUCAUCGAGGAAGGACUUUGAAAUCAGACACUGAUAUAACGUCUCUUAAUGCACCAACAGUAUCACACCAGUCAAAGCCUUUUAGGCAGUUUUCGACUAGGUCAAGAGCAAAGAGUAAUGCAAGCUUCAAAGGUUUACGCAGAGUUUUAACACAUGACGGCACGCUGGAUAGUGAUUAUUUCAAUAAACAUAGCAUUUCUCAGAAAUGCAAGAGUUCUGAUGCACUUUUCAGAAAGCGGACGAUUAGUGGGUUGAAUAUGACGGCUUUAACAAGAGUGCGGUCCAAUCAAGGAAAAAGAUCAGCAUCUUUUCAUAGUCCGGUGCAUAAUACACUACUCAGUCCAAAGAACAGCAGUCACUCUAAUUCCGGAAGCGCUGGUUUCGGCUUAAAACCACGAAGAAGUAAAAGCACACAGUCUGUUCUGAGUCUUCGAGAUGCGCAGGAAUCUAACAAGAGCGAAUCUACUACUGAUGAAGAGGUGGAAUGUUUUUCAGAAGACAAUAAUGAAAAUGGAAAGGUGAAUAAUGAUAAAAUCACAGCCGAGCAUAUUGUGCCUGUAGAAAAAAAAAUUGUGGAGCAUGUAAUUCAAAAUAAACUACAAUCCCCAGAUCCGAUAAAUGAACAAGAAGAAGAUAAAUCUUUUAAUGGUGAAAAGGAAAACCAUAGAGCUGUAUCUCUACCAUUACCUCAUUUAUCCUCCGAUAUCUAUUUUGGAGGAUCAGCCCGGUCUAUGGAAUGUCAGAAUAAUGGAGAAGCAUCGUCAAGCUCAACUGAGACAAAACUGAAUGAAAAAAGUAUUAUCAAUGAAGAGGAACAAUCAAACUCGACGAAGGAAGCUCACAUUGAUGCCAUAUCCAACAAUUCUAAAAAUCUGAAGGCCUCUUCUAUGAAAGCAGGUGAUCAUACCUCACAAGUGCCAUAUAAUAAAGAAAAAAAAAUUCUUGACAUUGGUAACACUUUAUCUGCACAUAAGAGUAAUCGAAAACCAAGCAAUUCAAAUGAACAAUUUGAUCAGGAAGAUCACAUUGAUGCCCCUAGGAGUAAUUCAUCAAGAAAAAGCGAUUCAAGCUUUAUGUCCCUUAGAAGGCAAAGUUCCAAACAACGCAAAUUAUUAAACGAGGAAGAAGAUUUCAUUAAGCCUGGCAAUAUAUCUUCCGGUGAUGCUAAAGAUAUUGAAGGACAUAGUUUGCUCGAAAAUUAUGCACCUGAUAUGAUUCUUUCCCAGUCAACUGGAGUUGAACGUAGAUUUGAAAAUUCAUCAUCCAUUCAAAAUUCACUUAGGAAUGACAUUCGUGAGUCAGGUGAGCAUAUAAAUUCAGGUGAUACUUUCGAUGAAGUGGAUGAUGGCAAAUUACGUAAGAGCACGAAAAAUGUCAGGCGAUCUCAACUUGGUCAAAAUAUACCGAACUCUCAGUCUAGCUUCCCCGCUGCUACUAAUGUCAGUAGCAAAGAUAAUACUGUACCUCAGCAUAACUUUUCCACCUCCAUAUCGAGCUUAACAAAUAAUCUGAGGAGGGCAGCCCCUGAAAGCUUCCAUGGUUCAUCAAGAAUGAAUAGUAUCUUUCAUAAGAAAGGUAACCAGAAUUUACUCCUAAGAUCUAACGAUGCUAGCAAAAAUUCAGCAGUCGCGACGUCGCCAUUGUCCAACGAAUAUUCCACAUCCGGUACGAACGUCAGUGGUGAUACUAACAGACGAUCCAAUGGAGGUGCCAAAUUUAAUAGUUUCGCACAGUUCCUUAAAUCAGAUGGGAUUGAUGCAGAAUCAAGAACACAAAGAAAAUUAUGGCUGCAGAGAGAAAAUUCUAUUAUGGAUUUAAGUUCACAGAACGACGGCAGUGACUCUAUCUUUAUGGCAGGAAAUAUUGAUGCGAAAAGGGAAUUUGAAAGAAUUUCCCAUGAAUACUCUAAUGUGAAAAGAUUUUACAACCCAUUGGAUGAAGCAUUGUUGAGGGUAGAGCCUACAAUAACGGGGAACGCAAAUAACAUCAGGAAAAAAAGCCAUAACGAUGGUCAGUCAAUCGCACAUUCCAAUGAUACAACAGAUCACAAGGAUGAGGAGGAUUUGCUCUUUAAUAAUUACGACAAAAAAUUUGAUGAUCUUUAUCCACAUCUUGCAAGUGCGAAAAUUCAAGCAGUGUUGUCCGGUAUAUGGAAAAACGAAAGUUACUUAUUCAAUAAGGAUGUUAAUCCAAUUAACAAGAAUAGGACGUCGAGUACAAGCCACAGCAUAAGCCACACUGCUUCGCAGAAUACACGUAACUUGUUAAGGGGGCCUAUGGGUUCCAGCACCACUUUGCAUCACCAACGCGUCAUCAACUCUCUGCAGCCGACCACGAGGGCAGUGAAUCGCAGGAUGGAAAAUGUGGGCUACAUGCAUACACAGCCACAACAAAGGUAA